GGAGGGGGUGGGUGCUGGGUGCGAGGCGCUGCUGCUGCUGGUGGUGAUGCACGGGGCGGGGAGAUCGCGUGACGAUUCCAGGCGCCGCUGCUGCCGCUGCUCCCCGUGUUUGGCCGCGCCCGGGCAUUGGAGCUUCGAGAGCAUGUGGUGGUGGCGGCUGCUGCUGCUGCUGCUGCGGCUGCCGCCUUCACUCUCCAUCACCAUCAGCCCCACCAGCAGCAACACCAGCAGCACCAGGAGCAGCGUCGGCUCGAUGCUACCUCGCGACACCACCUCGCUGGCGACAUCGCCCCCCCCUCCGCCCGGAGCAGUCGCUGAUGGAGACAGUCGCUGAUGGAGACAGUCGCUGAUGGAGACAGUCGCUGAUGGAGACAGUCGCAAGAAGCGAUGGGCAGAGAGGGCGACGGACGCGUGCGGCAUGAGCGGGCCCAGCCCCCCGCCCCGGAGUCCGGGGUCUCGCCUCGUGGGCCCCGACGGAGACUGUGAGCCGCCGCCGCCCUGCAAGGGGACGCCCCGCACGGAGGACGUGGGCAGCGAGUGGCUGCCCCUGGCCGCGGCUCCCCGCAGGAGCUUGAGCCGCACGCUGCCGCUGUUGUGCGUGGUGGAGCGGGGCGAGUGGGCGCUGGGAGCCGAGGGCCCGGGCCCCGGCGAGCAUGUGGAGUUUGCGCUGGUGCCCCGCGAGGCGCCCUUCGCUCGGCUGCCCGAGGCGGCGCUCCUCGCCCUGGGCUACUCGCCCUCCACGGCCACGCACGCCUCCGGGCAGCUGAGGGUGGGGGUGUGGAAGCCGCUGCCCCUGGGCUGCGUGAGCGACGCUGCCGAGGCCACCGUGGGGGAGAUGCUGCACGACGUCUUCCACGUCCUCACGCUCUACAUUCGCCUGCACUGCUGCCCGGGGCUGGAGGACCUCCCCCCGGGCCAGUGGACCCACGCCAACGUGCGCUGCGCCCUGCAGCGGCUGCUGCGAGAUUCCAACCAGAGCGCACUGGCCAAGGAGUGUCCGCUGUCCCAGAGCAUGAUCUCGUCCAUCAUUAACGGCACCUACUACGCCAGCAUCUCCAGCACCAAGUGCUACGAGUUCGGCCAGUGGUACAAGCAGCGCAAGGCGCUCAAAGCGCCGUCCGACAGCGAGCCUUUCCUCCCUGGGCCGGACGAGGCCAAGGGCCCCAGCCAGGCCACCCACGCACCCAGUCGGUUACCGGAGCCGGAGGCGGCCGCUCCGGUCCCGCACCUCCCGGCCACCACCGCCACCUUCCCGCUGCCGCCGGCGCCCAUGGGCGGCUUGCCGGCGCAGUUCGGUACGGCGCACCAGUUCGGCACGCCGCGAUUCAUGGGCCAGCAGCAGCAGCAGGUGAUGGUUGGAGCGGCGGUGGCGGUAGCCGGCGAGCGGGGGUCGCGACCUCCCGGCGAGGCGUUCGUGGGCCAGGUGACGGCGCCGCCGCACCCGCAGCUCGCCGAGGGCCUCGCCGUGAAACAAGAGCCCGGCACGGACGUGCGGCCCGACAUCUACCGGCGCGUGCGCGAGGAGCUGAAGCGCGCCAGCGUAUCGCAGGCCGUGUUCGCGCGCGUCGCCUUCAACCGCACUCAGGGCCUGCUGUCGGAGAUCCUGCGCAAGGAGGAGGAGCCGGGCACCGCGUCGCAGUCGCUGCUGGUGAACCUGCGCGCCAUGCAGGGCUUCCUGGACCUGGGCGAGGCGGACCGCGACCUGCUCUACCUGCGCGAGCGCGAGCGCGCCGGCGCCGCCGGGGGGGCCUGCGGGGGCGGCGCCGUGACCCUGAUGGUGCCGCCGCCGCCGCCCUACGCCUCGGCCACGGCCGCCGCCGCGUGGCAGGGACGGGCCUACUCUCCGCAGGCGCGAGCCCCUGAGCCGCUGCUGAAGGCGGAGGAGGGCGGCGGUGGCUGUGGCGGCGCCGGUGGCGCUGGGGGGGCCGUGACCGCCGCCAUCUACGACGAGAUCCAGCAGGAGAUGAAGCGUGCCAAGGUCUCCCAGGCGCUCUUCGCCAAGGUGGCCGUCAUGAAGAGCCAGGGCUGGCUAUGCGAGCUGCUGCGCUGGAAGGAGACCCCGACGCUGGAGAACCGGACGCUCUGGGAGAACCUGGGCACCAUCCAGCGCUUCCUGGCACUGCCUCGCGCCGAGCGCGACGCCGCCUACCAGGAGGAGAUGGGAGCGCCGGCGCCGCCGCACCACCAGCCGCACCCCCACCUCCACCCGCACCACCACCACCACCACCACCACCCGCCGCUGCACCUGCACCACCAGCAGCACCUCCAGCACCACCAUCACCAGCAGCAGGCGGGGCUCCCCGCCAACCACCUGCACCUGCAGCACGCGUGCCAGCCCGUGCAACAGAGCCAGCCGUGCGGCGCUGGCGGCGGCGGCGCCCAGAUGGGCCCCUCCGUCUCGCUCGACGCUUCCAUCCAGCAGCAGGCCGUCAACCAGGUUCUGUCCUCAAAACCAGCGACGGCCAGCCUCGACUCCUCCUCCUCUUCGCUGACCUCCCUGCCUCCCGCCUCCUCAUCCUCGUCGUCGGCACCGUCGUCCCUGCCGACCUCCGCCAUCGCGGCCGCCCCCCCGAGCGAGGAGGCUCGCCCGGACGCCGAGCCCGGGGAGGCGGCGACGGGGAUCUCGGACGAGGCGCUGGCGAUCCUGCAGAGCUUCGUGCAGGACGUGGGGCCCUACCCGGACACGGAGGCCGUGCACACGUUGGCCGCGCAGCUGGGGCUGGCGCGCGCCACCGUCACGGCCUUCUUCCGCGAGCAGCGCUUGCGCGCGCGCCACUUGCGCUCGCGCGCGCAGCAACAGCUGCCACACCACCGCCACCCAGGCGUGCCGGAGCGGUGCCGGGAGGCGGCGGCGCUGGCGGUGGCGCGGUCGCCGUGCGGUGCCCGCGCCGACGAACGGGGCCGGCGCCCAUACGCGGGGGGCGCAGGGGGAGGCGCGCCGGUCAGCGCCGGCGAGGACUUCGCGGCGUUCGCCGUCAAGGGCGAGGAGAUCGGCAAUGGCGAGGAAGCGGAGGAGGAGGAGGAGGAACCGGCGCCCGGGCUGGGCGAGGAAGGAGUUGGAGGAGACUUCUUCGCAAACCACGGCAGCGCCAGCAGUCUGGAGGGCGACUGCAAACACUUCCCCGCGGGCACGCUCAACAACGGCGGCGUCCUCGGCAGGAGCGCGAGGGACAGGCCGGCGCUGCUGGACGAGAGCGAGAGCACGUGCAUGUCGGAGUGACUAUCGCUCGCGGCUCCGCUGGCGCCGCGGAGAGGCUGGAGGUGUUGGGGGGUUGGCGGCGCGACCACCGACCCCGCUCGAGCCACGCUCCAGGAAAUCCCCAUGCGGCACUGAUUUGUAUUACCCGCAGCCGAAGUUUGCGUGCACACACGUGGCUGUGAGCGAGCGCCCACGAAGGCGCCAUCGGUUGGGUUGGUCGAGGCAUCCCGAGCGGGGGGGUGGUGGGGGGGGGAGCUCGCGCCGGGUGACGUCGGGAAAGGAUGGCCUUCCGAGUUUGGCAUCCCGUCGUAGUUUAUCUGGAACGACACGCUGCUGGCUCGGUGGAGUUUGUAACGCGAGCUGUCGCAUCAGGGUCGUCAGAACGGAGUUGGCCGGUUGCUGCGUUCUCCCCGCGCGUCCGCGUCCCCGCCUCGCCAUGCGGCGCGGUGCAGCGGCGCGGUGCAGCGGCACGGUGCAGCGGCGCGUCUCCGUCGAUUGGGAUCGGCUCAAACCGUAAUCGAAGGGAGCGGCGGUCAGUGGCUGCGGAAGGCCGUUCCUGUCGACGUGAGGGGCGUGGCUUUUGGUGGAAGCGGCACAUUUCUUGAGCAGCAUCAAACGCCCACCAAAAGCGGCCGAUUUCAUUUUCACUCGGGGUGUGUGAAGAACACGUUUUUAACGUGGUCAUUUUAUUUAUUUGUCGCCGAGACGUGAAUAUUUCGCCUGUGCCUUGAGUGCACCGCGCGUCAGCUCAGCGGUGGAGUUGGCACGGAGCGCGCGCGGCGCUGCGGGAGUGGUGAACCCCACUGCUCUGACGAGCCCCGCUGCCACCAAACACGGCUGGGUUUUGGGGACCUGGGUUCGGGGAUGGGGGGGGGCGAGUUAAAUCGGCGCUCGGCCUGGCCCUUUGGCGUGGGCGAUCGGUGUGGCCCCAGCAGGACACAGAGCCGCGAGGGGCAUUGCAACCCCCAGUCCCUGAUAGGCAACCGCACGCGGCGGACAGACGCAACCGCGCUGGCGACUAGCCACGGCAGGUGACGGGUCUCGCGCUCUCACGGGAAUAUUCGGGUUGUGCCGCGCGUUGUUCGGCAUAAAACGAAUUCGUUUCCAUCUCGCAGCACGCAGAGCGAGCUUAACGGCACGCAGCGCGGCCCCGAGAACGCGGAGCCCUGCGGCACGGGGCGCCCUGCGGCACGGGGCGAGGGACAGGGAGAAUGGCGUUAGCGGCGGAUUUAAUUUCAAGGGGCGCUCAAUGCUGCAUUUGCCCAAGGCACCGCUGUACGCCGAGGCUGGGCCCGAUGUGCACACCCUGGCCAAGGGUGGUGAAGCGGGCAGGGUCCGGGACGGGUUCGGCGUUGGGGAUACGCAGCGGCGUCGCGCGAUUGUUGGCAUCGUCGGCCCUGGUGGAGGGAAUGGAAGUGGCGCCCCCUGUUCCGUUCUCCCCUCUCCGCAGCUUGGCACCUGAGCCCCUCUCACCCUUGGGUCCUGGUGCAGUCGCACUGCCUGCGCACCUGACAGCUACGCCACAGGGGAUAGGGUUACCCUAUCCUCUGGAUUAUGAGGAACUUUUUUUCUCUCCUGUAUUCUAAAGCAACAUGUGGGCAUGCGUCUCAUGAUCCGGAGGAUACGAUAGUCGAGCCUGGAGAUUGGCCGCGGCGUCUCGAGCCGCUGCGGGGAUGCGCGCGUGGCCCGGAGACGCGGAUGGGCGGUUUGGGUGGGGCGCGAGGCGGCCCCCCAGCGUGACCAUUUGUACGAGUCCCCAAUCCACGGGAGACUUUACCAAAUAAACUCGUGGCUUCUGCUGCCCUG